UCAGCCACUCAUUGCUCAACACGAACCCGAGACCAUGGCAUUCUGAAACUUCUCGGGCCAUGAAGCAUCGUUCAUUGCUUGGUCGUUCUUGAAGGUUCAAGCAUGGCCCAAGCAAGGAUGUACAAGGAAUUGCACUGCUCGUCCAAGCGGCGGCAUGAUGCAAGCUGCGCGGUGUCUUUGGAAACAAUACCAUGUGCGUUCGGGUGAGAGCGUUAAACUUUUCCCACCGCUUUGGUUCGAAAUUCCCUUUCUUGUACGGGAAUUGUUCUUGGAUUUGUCUUGCCUGUCUGUCGGUUAGAGCUUCCAAGUUCCCACCCCAUUCCUAUUUCAUGGGGUCUCGGGGCAAUCUCGUGUAUCUUUGAUUCACUCAUUUCUUCCCACCUUAUGAUCGCCACACCAAGCGAUAUCGCAUUACUUGUCAGGGGGGAUUCGACUUCUCGAACCUCAUAAUGUGGGAUCAACCGACAUCUCUAUAUUCACAUUUGUCUCCAAGUUGGAGAUUCUCGAUGCUUUUUCCUGAAGCCGAGCACAAGUGGCAAAGGGACAGGGCGAUUACGCGUUGCUCGGCAAGACCCGGCAGAACCCGGGGUCGUACAUAAAGAUCAUAAGACGUCCUGUUUACACUACACGUGUACUAAAUUCAUUCAUGAUGCGCAGUUUCACGCGCCACAGAUUCUCUCGCCAGCGGGUUAGCUCCUCAUCAACCAUCGACGACAUGUCUAGCCUCCGACCCUGUUCAAGCACAUCGUCAAGAGGACGGGAUACUGGGUUCCCAGAGCCCUUCAAUGGAGACCGAAACACAACAUUACCACACCCAGAAGCCAAUCUCAGCCCUAAUGCUACCCUCGGCGAGGAGGACAUCUCGACGGAAAGGGCACUAAUGCGGGCUCGGAAUUCGUUCCUAAAAGACCCGACUUCAAGUCCCAACAGCGCCGAAGGGUUCAUGGACAGCAUCAAGAACAUGGAACGUAUGGCUCGCGCGGCAAGAGGUGAUGUCAGCAAAACAACAUCAGACAAUGGCACGACAUGGGUGACAACAUCAACAACAACGACAGCAGCAGCAGCAGCAGCAGCAGCAGCAGCAACAUCACCAGCAAAGGACAGCGAAAGUGUCAUGUCCGCAUCAUCAGGUGGCUCAGGCCCUCGACGACUAGAGACCCCGUUCGUGAACCGUGCACGGCCGCUGUUCUCACCGGAAUCGCCGGAGUCCAGAAGGAGCACAAAGUCGACGGGGAAGAGGGCAUGGUUUGCCAGGAACAUAUUGGGCAGGUCGCCUUGAAUGGCGGGCUCUUGGCUGGGUUGACGAGGCUGUGCGGGUGGCUGAUGUUGCGGUCUAGCCGUGCUUGGCACAAGUCAUCCAGAGGACGAUCGUGAUAUUGUUCGUAUCACUCGGCUAGGGCGGAGUGAUUCACCAAGACGGUAGAGCAAUGUCGAGCGGGGUCGGGCGGGCCGAAAGCUUUAAGAGUCUUUCUGCAUGUUUUCUUGUCUCUUUUAGCGCGGAGUUUUUUUUCCGGGGUUGCAUAACAUCAGGAUUUGGGUUGAAGGAGUGAGGGAAAACGGUAGCAUUGAACAACAACACAUUACAACACAUCACAAAACGACCAGAGACGAAUUUCUUUUGUGUCGAAGCAUUCGAAAGGAGCAAUAUCACUUGGAUUUAUAUCUGUUUAAUUGAUAGGGUAUUGAUUUAAUAAGGUGUGGAGGAACUGUGAGAGUAUCAGCAUGAAGCUGGGCUUUGUGGCGGACCAAGAUUGGAAGAGCAACUUGAGAAUUCUCAACUCGGCCGGUGUCUAGUUGAGGCGACCCCCCUUGUGGGUCUCGUUUGCAGCCAACCUGCGUUUGACUCGCAGGUGCAAAUGUCGAAGGUACACCCCACAAGGUAUAAAAUGUAAUUAAAUAUAUAUAAGCUCAAUACCUUACAAUAUAUAUUUAAUAUAUAUAUUAUAUAUAAAC